CCUUCCCUUCCCUUCCUUUCCCUUCCCUCCCCAUCCUUCCGGCGGGGCGGGCGCUGGGCGCCAUGGGGCGGCGGCGGCUGCUGGCGGCGGCGGAGCAGCUGGCGGGGUCCUGCCCGGGACAGGCGCGAUUCCUGCUGUGGAUGCUCCGCAACUCCCGAGGUAAUGAACGUGGAUUAGAAAGGGUAUGUCCUUACUGCUUCCAGUUCCUGCUUCCUGACAGCUACCGAGUGCGCCUCAAACCAAAGAUGAAAGUGACUCCACAGAUAGAGAAGGUUCUUAAACGAGAGGCAAAGAAUCAUAAGCUUAACAUGAAACAGACAAAGCUUUUGAGAAAGUACAGGGAGUCAAGAAGCAUUCUGCUCGUUACUUGCAAAUCUUGCAACAAAACAACAAGAUAUUAUGGUAAAAGCAGGGAUUUUCUGGCAGCCAAAGCACAAAAUUGUGGCACUCCAGGUACCAAAUCUAGUCUGAAGACACCAGAUGUAAAAAUUCAGUCUGCAAAGAAAAUGACACCUGUAAGCUGCAGUAGGUUGGGAUCUAAAGGGAACAGCCCCUCAUCACUUUCCAGGACACGUGAAUCUGGACAGACAACAACCAACUCUGCUUCCAAGACUCCCCGAAAUUCCAAAUUUCACUUUUCUAAGCUAAAACGGAUGCUUGACCUAGAAGAAAAAGAGAAGAACCAGAAGGCAGAUUUCAAAACCUUCUUGACUUUACUUUAGUUAUAUAUUAUUUUAAACUAAUAAAGAUUACAGCAAUAAA